AUGACCGGCAGCCCAGACCCCAGUGCAGCUGCCCUUCAACCCCUGAGGAAGGGAGCAGCAAGUGUGUCCAACGAGGAAGUCCGGCGAAUAAUACUGGAAAGGCUUGAUGAAGGUGGUCUUAACUUGUCAGCUCUGCAGCCCAGCGAGCCGGGGCUCUUCCUCUCCGGUGAGCUCCUGCCUUGCUCCGGGGACUGCCGCUGGUGCCGGACCCUGUCCGCCGCCGUGGUGCUGCCCUCCGGCAGCAGGGAGGAGCAAGAAUUCUGUCUGCUGGAUGAACAACAAGGAGGUUUUGAAAGAGAAAGCACAGAAGGCUCAACUUAUCCCCAUUCAGCACCGUUCAGAGAUGCUUUGUUUCUGUAUCAGCCAGAUGCUGUUGAUAAUGGGGUGUGCUCUGGGGCUAGGAACCUCGUUCCCAGGGAUGCUUCUUUAAGUGUAUUGAAACAAGAUCUAUCAUGGUUGAAGGCUCAGUUCCAGCCCUUUGCGAAGCUCCCAGAAGAAAAGCAAAGAGCUUUAUAUAAAAGCCUGUGUGAACUCCUGCUCCGUGAAGAAAUGCUAACUGCCCUGGCGGAUGUGUUAGAUGAUAUCUGCACAGGAGACAAGCCAGAUCUGAAGGAGCUAAAACCUGCACAACAGCAAGACCUGGUUGACUUCUUGCAGCUCUUAGGGUGCAGUAAUGAGGUAUUGUUGCAGAACUGUCAGCUUCAGGAUGAGGAAUUGGUCUCAGCUGCUCACCUCCUCAUCAGUGCUGUCUCUGAGCUGUCUGAUUACACUCUUGUCCUGCUGCGUGCCUGCUGUGGUCUACAGGUUGUUCCGGCAUUGUGUUGCUUGCCUAAUAUCGCUUCAGCUGACGGCACCUUGGCACUGAGCAGUCCUUUGGUGGCUACUCUGACUGACAGAGGAAGAUUCGAUGUCGUGCAAAGGCUUUUUGCUUCAUCAAGCAUUAAUUUGGAAAUGACAGAGUCUUCUGUAAAAGUUGUCACUGCGAGAGAACCUCGCUUCUUCCCGCUCCUUCUUUAUGUUGCACUGUACGGACUUCAUAGUUUAGGUGGGACUGCAUAGGAGCUUUGCUGAGCAGUCACUGUCCCAGCCUGUUCUUUCUUCUGUAGCUGUGUAAUAGCCCUGAGGCGUGUGAGCUGGAUAACUCAGUCAUGUUACUAGAGGGCUCUUUUCAGAGGAAUGCUCUGAAGUAUUUUCCAUCCUUAGGAAUGAGAUGGCUGCAUCUUUUUCUCACUUGACUGUUCAUUUAGCUCAAAAUAAUACUAAGAAACAUUUAAAAAAAAUGUCUAGAUGGACUACUGCAACUGAGUGCUGAAGGCUGUCAAGCCAUACAGCGCUGCCAUACUGUUUAAUAGCAGUGCUGUCUGCAACCUCAGGAGCUCCCCUAGAGUAUUUUGGGGAGUUUUCAGUGUGUCUUAGUAGUGUGAAGCUGUGCAGUGCUCCAGGUGAAAAAGCACUGAACAAACUGUUCUACUGGUGAUAGCAGACCAGCGAAUGCUUGCAGGUGUUAUCACGGCGUCCCUUCUUCUUGCACAGACAGUUAAAAAAUAGUUAUCCUUGUAUUUAUUUCUCCAUCCAGCUGCACCAGUGCUAAACAGGUAAUAGGAGUAAUGAUCUGGAACCCUCUGUUUCUGGGCAUGACAUGAUUCCGAAUGUAGGCAAACAGAUAGUUACUUAUGCAUAGAUUUUAAUUGGAGCUCAGAAAAUAAGCUGAGUCUGUUCUCUGGUUUAUAGACGCAUGAGAUUCAGAGUUUGAUUUAAGCCAAUUAGAUGUUUCCACUGGUUUCCAGUGAGCUUUGGGACAGGCUGAUAAUGAGAUACGUCAAGAUAAUGGCAAAAUAUUAAACCUAUUAUAAGCAGGUCUACUUCAUAGUUCUCCCUUGUUGCUGAAGUAAAUUUCUGCCAUGCUUUUUAAGUCUUCCUUAGCAUCUGAGCUCAGCAUUUCACUCACCAGAUGUUUUCCUAAAAUGGCAGAAUGUAGAAGAUAGCUGAGCAAAGGCAAUAAAAAUAUGGAGCAAGCAGAAGUUGCAGAGCUGUGAACUUCCCUGUUGACCUGUUGAGUACUCUUCUUGCCUUCAUUAACGUUAACCGUUUGUGUUUUCUGUUAGUUCUUGUUUUUCUAAUGACUUCAGGACUGUUUCAGCGCUUGUCUUCAUGGGUAGCAAUUAGUUUUAUUCUUUUCCUAGUGAUUGUGGAGUCUGACUUCGCAAAAUACAUGGGGAAAUUUGAAGAUUUUGUUCAAGGAAGUAUUGAAACUUCGUUUGGAAAGAUCAGCCUGGGAGCUGGAGGGAGGGGCUAUGUGGAAAGCCAGUCCUCCUUUGGAAACCUGAGGAAGCAGGAGAUUGACUUGCAGCAGCUUAUGAAAGACGUCAAGGACAGGACCUGAAAGAUGCCACUGAAUUGCUCGCGUGCUAGACUUGGAAACAGGCUGAGACGCUGACAUCUGAUGAAGAAGAUAUUCAUAUACACAGUCCCACGGGACUGUUAAGAGGGUGUGGCAGUGACAUAGUCCAGUUUAACGUGUGUGUGUGCCUUCAUGCAAGGAGCUAGUUCUUGGCUCAUGGAAUAGAUGCUCAGAGCUUAUUUAAAGCUUGUGACGCAAAUGGUGUGAUUGAUAGAGAGUGAGUCUGGCUUUUGUUGGGUCACUGAAAGCGAUGAGGAUAGCAGAAUUUUAAUUUUAUUUAUUUUUUUC